AUGUCGGCUGAAUGGUGUCACUGUGAGCACUCCAGAACCACCGCAAAGGACUGCCUCUGGAGAAUAAAAAUCGAUGCGCUACAAGAGCAGCUAGCAGCCAUUCAAAACACUCUGCAGCAGAUUACCCAGGCUCCCACCCCUCCCUCAAUACCUCAAUCCACUCAUCCUGUAGCUGUGGACAUCCCGUCUACUCCCUCUGCGCCCCUUUUUGAAGGUCAAUCCUCCUUCAACAAUGAGGUUAUCAUCGCUAGGGAUGCAGCUUUCUCGGCUGUUGCGACAUCACAGCCAGGAAGAGUGGAUGCCCAUGUUUCAGCAAUCUUGUCUUCCCUUAGGAACAGUCUCGACCGGCAGCAGGGAUCGUCCACAGUUAUCGAGCCGCCUUCGCAGACGAAGGUUGAACUUUUACCUCAAGAGUUCCUCAUUACUCUGAUUAAAAAAGUCAAAGUGCAUCCGCCCUUCUUUUUGACCGUCCAUUCAUGGCGAGACGUUCGCCAAAUUGAGUCAUUGUGUCAUGCGAUCUAUUUUCCAGUAGAUCCUAUUCCUGCGGGCUCUCUGACUCUUUUGCAUGGAUUGUUAUACUACAUUAUCCGCGACUAUCUCCAUGAAGAGUGUUCGGAUCUUGCACGCUUUGACCUCGCAGCGUACGCCGGAUUCUGCGAGCGUCAUUUCUUGGCCGGGCUGAAAAGCUACGAGAUGAUGUGCGAUCCGACGCUUCAGAAAGUCCAGGCUCUGCUCAUCGGGAUCAUCAAAGCCCAAGAAGAGUCUGAUCUCCAGCUGUGCUGGACCUACCUCGCUUUGGCCUUCAAUAUGUGCCAAAGCAUGGGUCUCCACCGAAGCGCCGCCCUGAAACACGAUCCUGUCCCGGUCGCUGACGCCAAACGCCAUGCCUUCUGGUCGUUGUAUACCAUUGACAAGAAUCUGUCGUUGAAUCUCGGAUUAGCUUCGCAUUUUCAGAACCAUGACAUCGAUGCCGAGCUGUUCACGCCUUCGGACAACCCACAGUACCGCCCCUGGGACCUGAUGAGUCUCACCACGAUUGACUUUGCCACUUUACAAGGGCGCAUCUACGAUCGGCUUUACUCCACUUCGGCAACUCAGGCCACUGAAUCGGAAAGAUUGAAGUCAAUAGAAGAGCUAUCGAAUGACUUGAUGCUGGUUCGCGAACGCCUUCUGGGGAUCGAUGUGAGCCAAGGUCUCUAUGCGGAAUCGCUUCAUGGGAUGGCCGCCUGCGCGGAUUUCAUCACGCACUCCGUCAUGACAGUAAUACUUCGGGCGCAGACGCGGGCCAGUGAUGCCAUGGCCAUCACGUCUCAAUGCUACGAGGCAGCGAUGCGAGCCUUGCAGAGUCACCUGGAGUGCUUUACGUAUUUUCGCAACCGGAAGACCCAUAAGCAAACUGAAUAUGUCAAUUGGAUUCUAUUAUACCCAUCAUUCACACCGUUUGUCAUUGUCUUCAUACAUGCCAUCACGACGGUGAGCUCAUUCGAUCUGGCCUUGUUGCAGGACACGGUUCAAUCCCUGGAACUAUUCAAGGGACUCUCACGUGGCUCAGACCGUCUUUACACAAUCUGCGCGGCUUUCUCCAGGACUGCUCAGAUUCUCGUAGACUCGGAAGAAACACUGGAAGGCCUCACACAACACCGGGACGGAUCGCUUGUCAUGCCGGCUCUAGAUAGCAACAUUGCUCUACCCAACGUUGAAUGGCCGGAAAAUGUGUUUGAUUCGCACAUGAACAGCACUGACAUCUCCAUGUUCCUCAAUGAUUUCAUCGGGACACAUCGUUCAGUGAUGGAUAUAUUAAACUCUGACUACAUGAAUGAGACUUGA